CAACGACUUACUUCCGCAAACUAUCCCGCUCGCGCCACCGCUGACUAACAUCCGCACAGGAACACAAAGUUCUUCAUCUGGGACAUUAACAAAAGUCUAAACUGUCCACAAUGGCGGAUAAGAUGAAUAUGUCUUUGGACGAUAUUAUUAAGCUGAAUAAGAAAGGGAGCCGCGGAGGAGCGUCCAGAGCGGGCAGAGCUGGAGGUUCGGUCCGGGCCGGUGCUUGGUCCAGGUCCAACCGGCAGAAGAAUGAGUUCAGGAGGAACAACAGACCGGCCCCGUACACCAGGCCCAGAGAGUUACCGGACAAAUGGCAGCAUGACAUGUUUGAGGAUGACAGUGGCAGAAGCAGAAGAGAAUCUCCAGGUGCAGGAGGUGUGGAGAACAGUGCCAAGCUGCUGCUUUCCAAUCUGGACUUUGGUGUGUCCAACUCGGAUAUCCAAGAGCUCUUUGCUGAGUUCGGCACCUUAAGGAGAGCGUCUGUGCAUUACGAUCAGUCAGGUCGCAGUAAAGGAACGGCAGAUGUUCACUUUGAAAAUAAGGCAGAUGCAGUCAAGGCUAUGAAGCACUACAAUGGAGUCCCACUGGAUGGCCGUCCAAUGAAAAUCCAGCAAGUGACAUCAGGGGUUAACACACAGUCUACACAAAGAGGAUUUGACAGAAGCAGACUGGGAAAGCCAGUGUUUGACAGGAGUGAGAGGACAGACUGGAGGAGAGGUGGCGGCAGCGGUAGUUUCAGAGGCCGUGGAAGAGGAAGUGGGAACAGACCACAGCUUUCUGCGGAGGAGCUGGAUGCCCAGUUGGAUGCUUACAACGCCAAGUUUCAGAUGGACACCAACUAGAAGAGGACAAGACAAGAUUCAUUUUAAUCUGGUGGCGGCCUUCAUUUCAGUUAUUCUGAAGUUAUUUUUUGUACAGUUUUUUUUUUCAGAGCCAUUUUUAAUAUGGACUACUUUUUCUUUUAAAUUUGAGCCUUUUUUAUUUCCAGUCAUGUGAAUACAAUUGAAAUUUUUGACUCAAUGUGACAUUAGCAGUUAUUGUAAUUACUUCUGCCAAUUGCUGUAAAUGUGAAUUGUGAACAUUUUUAAAUAUUUUUGCACAUAAACAUACUAAAUGGAAUUUA